GCGAACGAACACAAAUUCAUGAAACCCAGUACUUCGCGCGACCUACGCUCGGUUACACGAGUGUGAACGCUCAACGAAAACACGUGUUCACAGGAAACGUCAAACUUUAAAAUUUACACUUACAAAGUUUUGCAUGAUGCUUGUGUACGGAUCGAGUGUCGGACUGUAGUGGUGAGCUGAUUAUCGUUAGAAAAGGGCUACGUAUGAAUAUUAGUGGCUGUCCCGUCGCCAGGGCCGUACCGACGCGACGCUAAACACUCCUGAAUUAUUCAUUGCGAUAUUUAACCGUGUCCAAAAAGCCAGCAGUAUAGGAUAGCGUAUAAGACUCCCGAUGUAAUGUGAAAAAGAAAUACUAAGAUUAUUCUAUUUUAACUGCGAAAUAACUAGAUAAAAGACUAACAAUAAAGGACAAGAAUUAGAUGGAAAACAUGUUCUGACUACUAAUAAACUUAUGUCUAAAUAUAGAAAUUUGUAGCUUCAUUUAUUAACAGUAAAAAAGUAAAAUAAUCAAUUCAGUUACAUUAAUCGCGCAGUGACAAAUCCAAAAGCAUAUGAAAGAAUUCAUCGAAUCAAAUUAAAUGUCGACAAUCGACAGUAGAUACUGAAGGUAGCACAAGGGCGAACGAAAUGGAACUUGUUUUGUUCAAAGUUGUGUUUUGUGACCUUAAUUGAAAUUAAAAUGCUCGUAAAAUCUUUCGGGACAUUGGGGAACUUUAGUUAAUUGUAGAACUUGUAAUCGAACGAAAUGUUGCCAAAGUAGAAAGAAGAAGAAAAAGUACUAUAAGUAAGUGUGUAAAUGUUAGAAUGAUGAGGUGUUUGCUGAAACAAUGGCUCCUGACUACAAUGUCAGCUGUGCUGGUGAUGGGAACCGGUGAAUGGACGGAGGACGCAGAAGAUUUAGUAUCGACAGUGGACGUGGACGCCGUACUGGGCCGGACGGCGUCAUUGCCGUGUGACGUCACACCGGAUACCAACGAAGACCGUGUCUACAUGGUGCUAUGGUUUAGAAAAAGUGGAGGGAAACCCAUAUACAGCUUCGACGUUCGCGGGCGGUCCUUCAAUAAAGCCUUGCAGUGGUCAGAUCCCGGUGCUUUCGGUCCCCGCGCAUAUUUUGCGACAGUUGCAAGACCAGCUGCUUUGACGCUUAGUUCCGUGCAACUGGAUGACGAAGGAGUAUACAGAUGUCGGGUCGACUUCAAGAACUCACCGACUAGAAACUUCCAGAUUCGAUUAACAGUUAUAGUACCUCCUCAUCAAAUGCUGCUCUACGACAAGUCUGGAGCUGAUGUGUCUGGUGUAGUCGGCCCUCUAGAAGAAGGAACCGCUUUAGUGUUAGUUUGCGAAGUACGAGGCGGCCGUCCAGAACCAGUGGUCACAUGGUUGAUUGAUGGCUCACCAGCUCCCCAGUACAUCGGCGUUAAGACUGAUACACAUGUGGUGGUGAAUAGAUUAGAACUCCAACAUUUGAAGAGGGAGGACCUCAAUACUACAUUUAAAUGCAGAGCAGCGAAUACACAUCUAGUUCAACCACAAGAGAAGUCUGUCAGAUUGGAAAUGAAUUUGGCCCCAAUCUCCGUGUCGUUACUGAACCGGCCACAACAAUUGAUAGCAGGCUCAUCAGCUUCUCUGCGUUGCAUGGCCGAAGGCAGCAGACCAUCUGCACAGAUUGCCUGGUAUAAGGAUAACAGGAGUUUUGAAAAGGAAAAGGUAACGACACACUCAAACGAAACAUGGUCAAUUAGCACACUGACAUACACGCCCACUCCAGCAGACAAUGGCGCUGUUGUCAAGUGUGUGGCUGCCAACCCUACGCUUCCUAUUAAAGCAAUCGACGACCACUUCCAGUUAAACGUCGUAUACAGCCCACUAGUGACGUUAUCGCUAGGCAGUACACUCAAUCCACAUGACAUUAAAGAAGGUGAUGAUGUUUACUUCGAGUGUAACGUAAAAGCAAACCCCCGGGAGCAUCGAAUAUCCUGGUACCAUAAUGACAGGCCGGUGACGCAGAACAUGUCAUCCGGGAUCAUCCUUAGCACACGGUCGCUCGUGUUGCAAAAGGUGACGAGGCGAGAAGCCGGAAGUUAUUCAUGUAGAGCGGCAAAUAUCAGGGGAGAGACGUCCAGUGACAUCGUGCGAUUAAGAGUGCAAUAUGCUCCAGUUUGCGGUGAAUUAUCGCCACAAGUAGUUGGCGCCGCACUGGACGAAGCGUUGCGCGUCCGCUGUUCAGUACACGCUGACCCUGCUGAAGUUAUUUUCUUGUGGCAGUUCAACAACAGUGGUGAAAGUUUCAACGUAUCUCCAGCUCGAUAUGGUACAAUAAACGGAAGCGUCAGCGAACUUCGAUACACGCCAGCCAGUGAGAGAGACUAUGGCGCGUUAACGUGCCGGGGAACAAACUCUGUCGGUCGUCAGGAGCAACCGUGUGUCUUCCAAAUAGUUCCAGCAGCUCGUCCAUCUCCUCCGAGGAACUGUACCGUAUCUACCGGAAAUAGCUCCAACUGGAUUGAGGAUUCUGGUCAUGAAGACUUGGGAGGUGCCCUCGUUAUACGUUGUGUUGCUGGAUACGACGGAGGUCUACCCCAACUUGUCGUGCUAGAAGCUUUGGAUUCUAAUAGUGGCAAAGUAAAAUUCAACGUUACUAGUAAUGAAACUGAUGGCGUAGCAUUGUUUCUUGUACCACCAACAGUUCUUUGGUCAGGUGGUAAUACUCUUCGACUAACAGUGCAUUCUCGAAAUGACAAAGGGGCUUCAGAACGAGUUAUGGUACAUGCUUUAGCCUACCAAGAUCCUGAAAGAAGAACAGAUGGAAGCAACAAUUUAGUGGCUGGUGUUUCGCGAGGUGCUUUUUGGGCGAUCAUCCUUACAGCAGUAGUUUUUACUUGCGCCGCUGUUGUAACUGGAUAUUUUCUCCGCAGAAAAAGAAAUAGGCCACCUACAAAGCAACAGUCAUCGGAACUACAAUUAAAUGCAGGGGAUAGCCAAUAUGUGGUGGCAUACACGCUCAAACCCCCGAAACAAGCGCAGCCAGAUAUAUUAAAUCCACCACCUGAUGGCGGCCCUCCAAACGUGAAGUGUGGUAUAGAGGUGGCUGUCAAAAAUGGGUCCCUCACUGGGAGUGAAGAGUGGACGAGUGGGCUCGGCUCGCUGCACACUGCGGGAGAACGAAAUUUAUUAUCUCCACCAAGAUCUUCAUCAAGUAAACAGCCAAUAUCUGGAAACAUGACGUUAAGUAGAAGAGAGCAUCUUAUAGCCGAAGAAAUACCAGGACCAGAAAGUUGUGUAUAGAAAUAUUUGACGAAUAAUAAGAAAAAAAAUAGCAAAAAAUAAUUAUUGUAAUUUUUGUAAAUAGUAAUCGUAUGUAUUGACUGUGAAAAUGUGAUAAAUACAUUGUAAAUAAAUGUAAAACGAAUUAAGAAAUUAAAAUCUGUUAAAUACUG